GACGAAAGAAAGGAUAAACAUGCUUUUAUUUUGGAAGCAACACUAAGAAGUGCAAAAAUGUUCAAAACGGAAGAUCGUCAUCGAUUCAUUUCGUCAUCAACACGCGACUUUCGAGCACGCAGUCGAGUGUUUUCUUGCGAACAGACAAGAUAAAGGAAGAUGCCUGCUCAGAAGGAAGAGGAGGACAGGAGGUCGACAACUCAGGAGGAAGAGGAGGACAGAAGGUCGACAACUCAGGACGAAGAGGAGGACAGAAAGUCGACAACUGAAGAGGAAGACGAGGACAGGAAGCAGACUGUUGAGGAGGAAGAGGAGGACAUGAAGCAGACUGUUGAGGAGGAAGAGGAGGACAUGAAGCAGACUGUUGAGGAGGAAGAGGAGGACACAACAAUCAGAGAUGAUGGCGAUGCAGUAGAAAUAAGGCAGAAAAAGAGAACUCUUAAAGGGGCAGCACUGACUUCUUCCUCAGACAGGAAGUGUGUUCCAGGGAUUUUGUACCUGGGUCACAUUCCUCCGAGAUUCCGGCCUAAACACCUGAGGAACCUGAUGUCCGUCUACGGCGAGAUUGGACGUGUUUUCCUGCAACCCGAAGAUGGCGAGGUCAAGAAGCGGAAGAGGAAGGCCGGGUCAAGGAGGUGCGACUUCACCGAGGGCUGGGUUGAGUUUCGGGACAAACGCGUGGCCAAGCGAGUGGCGGCGUCUCUCCACAACACUCCCAUGGCCACAAGGAAACGCCAGACAUUCACAUCAGACCUGUGGUGCAUAAAGUACCUGCACAGGUUCCAGUGGACACACCUGAGCGAGCGUCUGGCCUACGAGCAGAUGGUUCUAAAGCAGCGCCUGCGGACUGAAGUGUCGCAGGCCAAGAGGGAGACCAACUUCUACCUGGACGCCGUGGACAAGAGCGCUCACAUGGACAAAGUGAGGAAGAGAAAGAAGGACGACGCACAGCAGGUGGAGGAGCGCACCUGGGACUUCACACAGCGGCAAACGGAGGAGGAGAUCCAGAAGAAGAAGAAGAAACGAAAAGACGCAGUUAGCCAGAAGCAGCAGGACAAGGACCGCCUCCACCAGCAAAAGAGCCAAUCAAAUGUCUCCUUGCUGGCAAAGAUUUUUAACAGCCAACAGCCUUAGCAUCUUUCUGUACAAUAAAUACUCCUGUCGGUUUGACUUACACAGGCUUUUAUUUUGAAGAGCAGUGGACUAUAUGAAGCUCCUGUAGGGGGCAACAGUGAGUUUGCGACAUAAAGGCAUGUGUCGUCAGAUUAUGUUGCUGGAAGGACAAUAAUAUAUUUCUCUUGGCUGUAAAGAUACAAAGUGUAGGGAAAAUUAAUUAAUUGUUUUUUAACCCUUGUGUAAUGUUCAUAUUGUUACUCAGUCAGCGUUUGCAGGUCUAAUGGACCUGUUGCAUUUUUUGGCUUUUAAUGCCUCACAAUCAAACACUUUUAUGUUAAAAUACUGAACAUAUGUUUAUCUGUUCAGUUUCUUAACAUAAAAGUGUUUGAUAGUGAGGCAUUAAAGGCCGCAAAAUGCAAAGGGUCCAUCAGAAGUCCCAAACGCUUUUAUGUUAAAUUACUGAACAGAUGUUUACCUUAUCCCAAUAAACAUCUGUUCAGUAUUUUAACAUAAAAGUGUUUGAUUGUGAGGCAUUAAAAGCCACAAAAUGCAACGGGUCCAUCAGAACCCACAAACGCUGGCUGACUAACAACAAUAUGAACGUUGCGUGGAAAAUUUCUCUGCCAGUUUCUGCAUCCCACAGGGAUUCUUCUUUUGUGUUUCUGCACCUGCGGUUCCCACACAAGGUUUCAACACUGUCUGCUCUCAUUUUUUUGCACAUUUUGACCCCCUGAUUGUUUAUGUACCUACACUGUCCUCCUAUUUAGGCCUUGUGUGUGUGUUUGUGUUACACAGAACAUCAAUUUCCACACUCCUAUUAGCCCUGGGUCUAGUGGACCCAGACAUCUUAUAUGUAAUGGAAAUGUGUAGGUCUCUGCCAGUUUCUCCAUCCCACAGGGAUUCUUUUGUGUUUCUGCACCUGCGGUCCCCACACAAGGUUUCAACACUGCUCUCAUUUUCUCGCACAUUUUGACCCUCUGAUUGUUUGUGUACCUACACUCUGUCCUCCUGUCUAGGCCUUGUGUGUGUGUUACACAGAACAUAAAUUUCUAAACAAUUUCUAAAAUUGAUGAAAGGGGCGGUAUAGCUCGGUUGGUAGAGCGGCCAUGCCAGCAACUUGAGGGUUGCAGGUUCGAUCCCCGCUUCAGCCAUCCUAGUCACUGCCGUUGUGUCCUUGGGCAAGACACUUUACCCACCUGCUCCCAGUGCCACCCACACUGGUUUGAAUGUAAAAAUUAGAUAUUGGGUUUCACUAUGUAAAGCGCUUUGAGUCACUAGAGAAAAAGCGCUAUAUAAAUUUAAUUCACUUCACUUCCACACUUCUAUUAGCCCCGGGUCUAGUGGACCCAGACAUCUUAUAUAUAAUAGAAAUGUGUAGGCCUCUGCCAGUUUCUGCAUCCCACAGGGAUUCUUCUUUUGUGUUUCUGCACCUGCGGUUCCCACACAAGGUUGCAACAUUGUCAACACUGUCUGCUCUCAUUUUCUCACACAUUUUUACCCUCUGAUGUUCUGUGUACCUACACUCUGUCCUCCUCCUGUCUAGGCCUGCUGUGUGUGUUAGUUACACAGAAAGUCAAUUUCCACACUUCUAUUAGCCCCGGGUCUAAUGGACCCAGACAUCUUAUAUGUAAUAGAAAUGUGUGGGAGGGGGUGUAUGGUGUGUGGUCAUUAAAUAUGUAUUCUGA